AUGGACCGAGCACCGUCAUCAGCCCUCCGCACCACCGAGGCAAUGGGCCAGGGCGUGCCACACCAGCAGCCGCCCCGGUUCGCCAAGAUCGACUUCGCCACGUACGACGGCUCGGACGAUCCGCUUAACUGGCUCAACCAAUGUGACCAGUUCUUCCGCGGACAGCGCACGCCCGCGUCGAAGCGCACUUGGCUGGCUUCCUACCAUCUCCGCGGGGCCGCUCGGACAUGGUACUACGCCCUCGAGCAGGACGAGGGCGGCAUGCCCCCGUGGGAUCGUUUCUGUGAGCUGUGCCUUCUUCGGUUCGGACCACCGGUACGCGGGAGCCGCUUGGCUGAGUUGGGCCGCCUACCUUUCACCUCCACGGUGCAGGAUUUUGCCGACCGCUUCCAGGCACUGGCGUGCCACGCGCCCGGUGUGACGGUCUUACAGCGGGCGGAGCUUUUCAUCGGCGGCCUUCCUGACCACAUCCGCGUGGACACGACGGACGAGACCGAGGACGACACCCCGGAGGAUGGCCUCGGCGCCCCAGCCCUUGUGGAGCCCGCAGCGGCACCCGCACCCGCCCCGGCCACCGCCCUCGUGGUGUCCCUUCACGCGCUGGCCGGCAUCCGUGAUGAACGGACGAUGCUCUUAUCGGUCAUGAUCCAGGGCGAGCGCCUGGUGGCCCUCGUGGACACAGGGUCCACACAUAAUUUCCUGCCGGAGACCACCAUGAGGCGCCUUGCAUUACAGCCAACCGGCAGGGAGCAGUUGCUGGUCACAGUCGCUAAUGGCGACCGUCUCCGCUGCCACUGGCUCGCAGGCGACGUGCCCAUCACUAUCGGCAGCGAGCACUUCACCAUCACCUGCGCCGGCAUCGACUUGGGCUGCUUCGACUUCAUCCUCGGCGUCGACUUCCUGCGCACUCUUGGUCCUAUUCUCUGGGAUUUCGACGCGCUGAUGAUGACCUUCUGGCGGUUGGGCCGCCGCAUUCAGUGGGACGGCAUUGGGGGUGCCGCACCUACGCCACCACUCCAGCUGACCGCGACCACCGCCACGGCUGAGCACCCACUCUUGGAGAGCCUCCUACAGCAGCAUGAUGACAUCUUCACCGAGCCAUAG